AUGGCCCCUCCAGACACGGCAAUGGACGCUCGUCGCAAGGGUCCACGCCUUGAAGAGGCCAUCUCGAAUCCCGGCGCCGUCAAAAUCAAUGUGACCGGCGCCUUCAUUAUCGACGAUGAACCUCGGUCGCGCAGCCCCGUCGAAGGCGAAGGAGUCCAUUACGAGAAUAAAGACAUUCGUCUACCCCAUCACACCGGCGUCGUGAGCCAUAUCGCGGUUGAUAUCGGAGGCUCACUAGCAAAGCUGGUGUAUUUCACACGGGAGCUCGAUUCGGCGGAUAAUGGUGGCCGUCUUAAUUUCAUCAAUUUUGAAACACAUCGAAUCGACAUCUGCAUCAAUUUCAUUCGCCAAUUAAAGGAAGAGCAACAACAACGCAAUGGCUCCUCACCGGAUGAGUUAUGUGUCGUGGCGACGGGAGGCGGUGCAUUCAAAUUCUACGACAAGUUGAAAAAGGCGCUGGACGUCAACAUCUUGCGAGAGGAGGAGAUGGAAUGUCUCAUCAUCGGUGAGUCCCUGGAUGAGCGGAAGCAGCGGGGCCGUGUCAAGGGGAACUGGCUGACCUCUUCUUUUUUGUCCACCUCAUCCACAGGCCUCGACUUUUUCAUCACCGAGAUACCGAAUGAGGUAUUUGUCUAUACCGAAAACGAGUCCGAACCUAUGCAGUUUGCCGAAGCGCGGCCCGACGUCUACCCUUAUCUGUUAGUCAACAUAGGAUCUGGUGUGUCGAUGAUCAAGGUGUCGGGGCCUCGGCAAUUUGAGCGUGUAGGUGGCACGCACCUCGGUGGAGGUACUUUUUGGGGGCUCAUGUCUCUGCUGACCGGCGCACGAACGUUCGAUGACAUGCUGGCCAUGGCCGAUCGCGGAGACAAUGCGGGAGUGGACAUGCUCGUGGGCGACAUCUACGGGAUGGAUUACACCAAGAUCGGGUUGAAAAGCACGGCAAUUGCGAGCACCUUUGGAAAAGUCUUCCGCUUGAAGAAUGCCGCGGAACGAGGCGCCGAAGAUGGCGAAGGCUUGAUCCACGACGAAGAAUUCGAGCGCAGCAAUGGAGGAGUCACUUUCCGACAUGAAGACAUGAGCCGAAGUCUUCUCUACGCCAUCAGUAACAACAUUGGCCAAAUCGCCUAUCUCCAAUCGGAAAAACAUCAGGUCAAGCACAUCUACUUUGGGGGAUCUUUCAUUCGAGGCCACCGACAGACCAUUAACACACUGUCGUACGCCAUCCGCUUUUGGUCCAAAGGCGAGAAACAGGCCUAUUUCCUACGACAUGAAGGCUACCUGGGUGCGGUUGGCGCCUUUAUUCGACGCCAGCCCCAGAACUGGGGCCGCAGGAACAGCGUUGAUGAAAUAGCUGCACCACAAGCUGUCCGGAAUAUUGUCUUGAACUCUGAUCAGAGCAAUGAUCAUCAAAAUAUCUCGAGCUCCUCAUGA